AACAUCAUGUGAGUGGAGUAGAGUUGGUUUGAACUAACAAGAAGAAUGGUGCGUUAUGAAACAGUACGGUGUGACACAUCAUCAGCCUGCAAUUUUGGUAUGAUUUGGUACUCUGUAGUGUUACAAUUGAUAAUAAUGGGGUGUUGCUGUAUUGCCUACCAUUGUUUGACAGCCUGUAAAUAGGAAAGUGCACAACUGCGAAGCAUUUCUGAGAAAGAAGUUUUUAUGAACCUUCAGCAAAGUUGAGGUCUUUCUUUCUGUAACUUCAGAGGCAAUCCAAAAUCCAAAUUUUCCUCAUUUGUGUGGUGUUGUAUUCACAUCUGCUUUUAGCUGUUGGCUGGUAGUGGUGCUUCCUAUGUUGUAUCUUCAAUAAGAAGUGCCAACAUGCUGCUUGAGGCAUUCAGAACAGGGAAGCUACAGAUGAAGAAUUAUCUAGAGGUGUGUAUGGCUUUCGGUUGGUCAUACAUGGAAAGCACUUGCAUGAUUAACUUCAACAAAUGGUCAGAAGGUGACCUUUCCUGAGGUCUGAGUAGAUCUAACGGCUUGUGGAAAGGGACAGACUUACUUCUGGUGCUUCCCUUUCUUUUGUUUCUGUGCUCAUCUGACCUGUUGAUGAGCCAAUUCUGCUAACAAUAGGCAGUAACAACAAAACCAAAUGUAGCACAAAGUCAGAUUUUUCCAGCUGAUCUUACAAAUGGAAUUACCUCACCAUGUAGUCAGACAAACCCAGGGAUAAAAGGGGUGGGUGAGUGAGUAUGAUCUGUGUGGCUGAAUAAAGGAGUGUUGAGAAGGAUGCAUUUUAGUCUUCAGGCUCUUAAAGUAAUCCGAAGAUCUGUGUUGCCCCCAAACUGAAAUCUAUUAGAACAAUAAGGUUGAAACACAGUGGAAAUGUUAGCUAAGUUUACGAGUUUCCACACAGCUUGCACUGUAUCAGGGCAAGUUAACAACUUUUCUUCAUGAAGAUCUUUGCAUCCUUUUUUUAAAGGAACAAAUGCAAAAUGUGAUGUUAGUGACAUUAGUAGAAUUUAAUGUAUUUUAAUAUCUUCCCUUAGAAAAUGAGCAGCAUGGAUUCUUCAGCAAUGUUCAUGGCUCACAUUCUGGCUAUUCAAAGUGCAUAUUUAUGAGUUGUAUUUAAAAUAUGGUUUCGUUACAGGAACAUAAAUUCUGACUUUCAAACAGAAGUAUUCUGGAGUCUUGGCUUUUAGAAGCUGUCGUAUGCUAUAGGAAUUAUGCAUAUAGUAAGCACUUCAAGGCCUGUGGGUUUUGUCAACAGAGUGAAACUGGAUAUUACAAGCUGAUCUCUGUGUUUGACUGAGGUCUCUAUGCUGCUGCUGCUACUAUAGGAUUUAAUUAAAAUUCUAAUUCCUUUCAGAAGAUAACCAAUUUAGCUUGUAACCAAAACCCAAACCACUUGUUUGAAAUUAUUUGCCUCUGUGAUAUCAGCUAUGAAAGCUUCAUUGUAUUUUAACAAAUGGGUGUAAGCUCAAAGAACUUACUUGGAGUAAAUUUUUUUUUUCCUCAGGUCUUAUCUACCAACACUGCAUAAACUGGUACUCAUGGCAAUAAGUACAGACAUUCAAGCAGAAGUACAUGUAAAGGAACCCAUAGAAAAAGAAGUAAAUCCUCACUUAUUACCAGGUGAACUGCUGCUUUGUGAGGCAAGCACAGUAUAUAAAUAUAUACAAGAAGAUGGCUCAAACCGUGGCACCUAUGGGAAACUCGUGUGCACAAACUUCAAGAUUGCUUUCCUUGAUGAUUCUGCUUCAGAUGAUAAUGAGCCGCAAUUUAAGAAUAAGAUUGUCGGAGAAAAUGACAUAACCCUGCAAUGUGUAGAUCAAAUCUAUGGAGUUUAUGAUGAGAAAAAGAAACUUCUAAGUGGACAACUGAGAAAAUACCCAGAGAAGUUAAUUAUCUACUGUAAAGACCUUAGGGUAUUUAAUUUCUGUCUGAGAUACACAAAAGAAGAGGAAGUGAAAAGAAUUGUCAGUGGUAUACUUCACCAUAGCCAGACUCCUAAGCUGCUUAAACGCUUGUUUCUGUUUUCUUAUGCAUCAGCUGCCCCCAAAACCACAGAUGGAAGAAACCAAACUGUAAUGUUUGAUACUCUUGAGGACUGGCGUGAUGAGUUGGAGCGGACCAAAGGGAAUGUGAAAUACAAAGUAGUGACUACCAAUGAAGGCUACAGAGUCUCUGAAAAGCUGCCUUUGUAUUUUGUUGUUCCCAUAUGUGUUUCUGAAGAAAGUAUCUUGAAGUAUGAAGGCAGAGGCAUUCCUAUUUGGUGUUGGUCUUGCCAUAAUGGUGCUGCUCUUCUCAAAAUGUCUGCAUUUCCCAAAGAACAGGAUGACAUCGCUUCACAAACACAAAAAGCCUUCUUGGAUGGAAUCUAUAAGACAAUUAGCAAACCUCCCUAUGAACUCCUGAAGAUGGAUGACUUGUCAAGCAGCCUUCCCUCUCUGCAAGAUAUCCAGACAGCAUACACAAAAUUUAAACAACUGUUUUUGAUAGAUAACAGUACAGACUUCUGGGCAACUGAUGUGAAAUGGUUUUCGUUACUGGAGAGCACAAACUGGCUGGAGAUAAUCAGGCGAGUUUUGAAGAAAGCAAUAGAAGUUGCUGAGUGUCUGGAAAGACAGCAGACAAAUGUUCUCCUUAUAGAAGAGAGCGCUACUGAUCUGUGCUGUGUAAUCUCUAGUCUGGUUCAAGUGAUGAUGGAUUCAUACAGCAGAACAAAGUCAGGGUUUCAGAGCCUUAUUCAGAAGGAGUGGGUAAUUGGAGGACACGGCUUUUUGGACCGUUGUAACCACUUACAUAAAAGUGACAAAGAGGAGGCUCCUGUUUUUCUGCUCCUGCUAAAUUGUGUUUGGCAGUUGGUACAACAGUAUCCUCCAGCAUUUGAGUUCACGGAAACUUACUUAACUGUCUUGUCAGACAGCCUCUAUGUGCCUAUUUUUAGCACUUUCUUUUUCAACUCGCAACAUCAAAAAGACACUAGUGCGAGUGGUGAAAGCCUCAAGACACAAAGCGGUCCUUUCAGAUUUCUUACUGUGUGGGACUGGUCUGUGCAGUUUGACCCCGAGGCCCAGGCUUUCCUGAACAACCCUUUUUAUGCAGAGAAGCCAAAACCAGAUAAAAGUCAACGGAAAACUGCACGAUUUAAACAUCAGCGACAACUUUCUUUGCCAUUGACGCAAGCAAAAGCUUCCAUGAAGAGAGGAUUUUUCAGGGAGGAAACAGAUCAUUUAAUAAAAAACAUUCUGGGUAAAAGAAUUGGCAAGUUCAUAAAUUCUUCAGAUGAACUUCCUAAUAGUUUCAGGGAAUUUUAUGAUAGCUGGCAUAGCAAGCCUGUUGACUAUCAUGGUCUUCUGUUACCUCGCAUUGAUGGCCCUGAAAUCAAAGUCUGGGCACAACGGUAUUUGCGAUGGAUUCCUGAAGCCCAGCUUCAUGGUGGUGGUACCAUAGCUACAACUGCCAAGAUUUUGGACUUGAUGGAGGAAGUACAAAGCUUGCAGGAGAAAAUGGAUGAAAAACGUAGUCAAGCUGUUUCUGGAGAUGUACAUUCUGUACCAAUGCUGAGAAAUUCUGCCCGUCUGUCAUCCUUGUUUCCAUUUGCUUUACUUCAGAGACAGUCUAUCAAACCAGCUCUACCCACCAGCACCUGGAAAGACUUGGAAGAUGAAGAUGACUUGGUCAAGAGGGAUGAUGAAUUUGUUGAUCUAAGUAGUGAUAUGUCAUAAAGUGCUUAAAAAUUGAAACUAUGAAUUGUAUAUGGCUGAACUGUAAAUUUUAAAUGUUGUGCUGUAUCUUCCUAUAAGGAACUCACUCAAGCAUCUGCAGCCUGGUUUUGAGGUUAAAAAAACAGCUGGGUUGGAAAGAACUAAUUGCCAUAAUUAGCUGAGCAUAUUUUCAACUUCCAUUUCACUCCAACAGUAUUUAUUGCAGAAACACAUUUUCAGCAUAACUGAUAAAACCAGAAGUCUAGGCUGAAGUAGCUGUAUGGCCACUUUGUUAAAGAAAGAAUUAACAAACAAAAACCCCAUUAUUUUCUGAUGUAAAGGUCAAAUACUAGAUAUGUACAGCAACAAUCACUGUCUUAACAUAAAACAUCUUCCCCUUAUGCCAAGAGUACUAGGGCUGGAAGUACUGUGACUAGGAAAAUAAUACAUCUGCAUUUCCCCUCAUGUAAAAUACAUGGGGAAAGUGCAACUAAAUAUGCAUUCACAAAUAAGGUUUUUACAGCUGAGGUUUUUACAUAAACUUGUGUUUAUGUAAAACAUAAAACACCAGGGGUUUUUCAUCUACUGUGGCAUCAGCUGAAGUCCCGUGCCUGCCAACAUCAUCUUUUCUGACAGCAUUCAUCUUUGGCUUGCAGCACUUCUCCUUGUGUGGUAUUAUAAUGGCAGCUUGGCUGCUCUAAGCCUGUGCAUGCACUUAGCUUAAGGAUCAAAUGCAAGUCUUACUCAUUUCAAGUCUUACUGUGUGGCUGCUGUGCUAUAUGCCUUUGCUGCCUUGGAAUAUUAUGUCCCAAAUAUUUGCUGUUAAUUGUUAGAAGUGGCCUGACUGUGAGGUUCUAAUUUGCUAGGAGUAUUUUUUUUCUCCUUCUAAUAGAGUGAGACUUCCAUUUUUAUUUUCCCUGUUUAUGCCAGUUGCCUUUGAGGCUUUCUGUAGCUUGCACUGAGACCCUCCACAUAGCAGGGAAGACUCUAUUUUUCCUGUGAUCCUGCAGUGAAGCUGGAUUUGCAG